CAAACACCACAAGUCUGAGGAAUGAGGCAAAGAAACAAAAAGAAACGGCAUGAAAGGGAACGAGAAUGAUAGAAAGUGACUGCACCUACGCGGAGAGAGAGUGAGAGAAAGAGGCAGCGCUUAGUCGCGAACUGGAGAGUGGACGAAGGCGGUGGGAGCACACAGCAAGCGAGCAGAGACGAAGAGAAGGGGAGAGAGAGAGAGAGGAGGGACGGCGGGACCUACGGACACUUGUGCUGCUUCUCUUCCUCAGUCCUGACUCGAGCCCGGAACUAUAACCCAGGCAAAGCAAACUAGCAAAGGCCUCUGCUUCUCCUCCUCCUCCUCCUCUUCCGAGGAAUCUGAUCAUCUGCGGAGCAGAGCAGAUCCUGCUCGUUCGAGAGACGACAAUGUGAGCAGGAGCAGCGGCGGCCGCGGAUAGAGAAUGGCAGGAAACGGCGGUGGGGGAGCGGCGGCGACUAUCAGCGCUGCGGCAGCCACGGGCAUUGGCUCCGUCGAACCGAGGCUGGGUCCUCAGGAUACACUGAGUCGCUGGGGUGGCUGCUUUGGUGGACUGUCCUGUUUUGGAUCACGUAAAAGAGGGAAACGGAUUGUUCCAGCAUCCCGUACUCCAGAUGGAAAUGCAUCAACUACUCAUGCAAGUGGGCCUCAAUCUGUUGGAAUUUCUAACGAAAAUACAACACUGAACUUGUCUAUUCUUGCCCCGCCUUCAUCACCAGCAUCUUUCACGAACUCUGCACUCCAGUCAACUGCCCAAUCACCCAACUGUUUCUUGUCAAUAUCAGCCAAUUCUCCUGGAGGACCAUCAUCAGUCAUGUUUGCAACUGGGCCAUAUGCUCAUGAAACUCAAUUGGUGUCACCUCCUGUAUUCUCUACCUUCACAACGGAGCCAUCAACUGCUCCACUAACCCCUCCACCCGAGCUAGCUCACCUUACAACUCCCUCAUCUCCGGAUGUGCCUUUUGCACGGUUUCUAUCUUCAUCUCUGGAUAUUAAAAGUUCUGCAAAAAAGAAUGGUGUGCCUUGUUUGCCAUCGGGUUAUGGGGUUGGCGGUGAUCUCCGGUUGAAUUAUUCGCUUUAUCCUGGAAGUCCUUCAAGCAGCCUUAUAUCACCUGCCUCAGGAACCCCUAGAACUGGGCUAUCUUCACCUUUUCCCGAGCAGGAUAUUUCUACACUGUGGGAUGCUUCUGCAUCUGCACGUGACUCUCCCUGCUCCACGAAUAGAUCAUCCAAGCUGUUUGGACUUGAUUCAGCUACAACUAGAAAUUUCAUUAUGUGUCCUGAUGCCAGCUUUUUUUAUUCUGCAACAUCUGCUCAAUUUCAUUUGGACCAGGCACAGCAGUCAUUUCCUCAUGCCAGAGGGAGGCUUAGUUUUUCCAGGGAAGCUGAUGUUUACUCCAGUGGCGGAAACAGACACAACAAAACUUGCAAACAAGAUGCGGAAGAGAUUGAAGCCUACAGAGCAUCAUUUGGGUUCAGUGCAGAUGAGAUUAUCACGACACAAAACUAUGUGGAGCUAUCUGAUCCACUCGAUGAGUCCUUCAGCAUGUCUCCAUUUGCAAAUAGUAAAAUCGGAAUGGAAGAGUGCCCCAUUACUGAGUUUGAUGCCAAAGGUAAAAUGGUGUCUAAUUUGCUGGAUCCUAUGAGCCCAAAACGAAUGACAGCUCAGGUUGCAGUCAAAGUUGAUUGCAAAUCUGACCGCAACUACAUGUAUGCAGGUCCUAAACCAAACUUUCAGUCCAAAGAUACCUCUCCUUUACUGGAUGUCAACCCUGAUACAAAUGGUGGAGAGGAAAAUGACCUGGGGGCCCCAGAUCACCAUGUUGGAAAGCGAGCUCAUCUAGGCCUAUCAUUCUCAGAUGCAGAAAUUGAUUAUCAGAGAGCACGGAGUUUGAGAGAAGCCAAUACCCUACUGGUAUGGCGGAACUCACUGCAUUAACUGAACCGCUCGUCUCUCCCAGUUGGUAAGAUGAUCGUAGUUCUAAGUUAUCAAAUGUUUCAGCUGGCAAACCUUUCUGUUGAUUCUGUUCGCGACUGCUAGUUGCAGACAGUGCAGGGUUAUGGUGAUUGGUGAAUUCUACUUCCGAUUCCAUUUCCAUAGCCAAGUCUUUGUCUGGAUGAAGACAUUAAUCCCAUUGUUAAAUGUUGUAUAGAACUGCCUGCUUGUAGGCUAUGCUAUUUAUGAAGUGUAGCUGCUCUUGCUCUCAUAAAUAUGUUGGUUGUAGAAUUUGCAGCUUAUAAUGAUGAUCCAGCUUUCUGAAUUAAUCCGGGAACUGAGAGAACCAUCCCAAGUCAUUUCGGUAGAGGACUAUUGCCAAGAUUUCGAUCUUGCAGAGUGCAGUUGAACUUGAUCUCGCAGGAUUCAUUGCCAAGUCUGUGAGUGUUUUUUUUUUUUAACCCUUUUUUGGUUGAUUUCAUUGCAUCACAGAUGACUCGAAUCUUUUAGCGAGGGUGUUUGUUGUAUCAAGUGGACUUUUGGUUCUUCUUGUCCAACCUAUGCAUUCAAUGGAUGUGAUGUGUACUCCGAUCAUGGUUGCUUA